AAAACUUCCAAGCAAAAGUAAUGGCGGCCGUUAGCGCAGCUGCCAGAGAAGAAAACCCAAAUGCAGGGCCCAUAUUCGCUAGCCGUCCACUUCACGAAAACUAUGACCCCGCUGUCGAACACGAGAAUUGGGUAUCCAGAGACCCCGAACUCGAGCCCAGUGAUGGGGAUACAUCAACACUGGACAACGAGUGUCAGCGAAGGGUCGAUGAAGAGUUGACGACGCUUAGCCCUGAAGAGAUUGAGAGUCGCUUGGACAGAACUCGUCGAGAGUUUUACAAUCGCCGUAAAAUCAUAAUUAAAAACCUGCCAUCCGAUGUUAGCAAUCAGGUAAGUUUGCUAAACUUUUUUAGUUUUCACUAACGUUAGGAAGCUAACGCUGGUCAACUCGGCUAGGGGUGAACGUUCGCUAGUUGGUAUAGUAGUAAUUUCAUCACAUGCCAAAUCCAGGUUAACCUAAUAAAUAAAUAAAAAAUAAUUAACUUGCCAUGAAAUUGAAAUCUAGCUAUAUUACCAGUAAUUUAACUGAGUUCGCUGGCUUUUGGUGAUGUCUAUAUCUAGUUAACUAGCUUAUCUUAACGUUAGUUUGUUAGCUACUAGGAAACUAUGCUAGCUAACUUGCAUGUUCAUGAUUUGCUACCUAAUUGUCGUUCCUAAUUAUGUCGCGAAUAUAUUUAGGGAUUUAUGAGGUCUCAAAGUAUCUGGUACGUGGUAGGUGAUGUUUGGUUGUUAAUCACGCCCUGGCUGCAAUUGCCCACUCAUCAUCAUCACUACGCGUGGUUGAUGGACAGGCAAUGCUAGUCGCUAACGUUAGCAACACUUUUUGUUUUGUUUUGACCAGGAAUUGUCAGACUAUGGAUUGACAAACAUUGUAUGUGAAUUGUUCAAAAGUCUGUUGUCGUUAACAGAUUUUCAGUUAAUUUCCCUAAUUGAAACAUAAGCUUCAUGGCCCUGUAACAUUUGCACACAAAAAAAGUUGUUGGAACAUGCUUGACUCGUGGGGAACUGUGGCCUGUGCGCGUGUCAUUGUUUGCGUGGGUGCAUAUUGGGAGUUCGAGAUUGGAACGUGAGUUGCAGUGACAAAAGGUUGAAGAUGUAGAGACAACGUAGCCGCUUUCAGAAAAUGCUAGACAGCAUUGCGAUUAGUUUGUGGAACUGGCAAAGCAUUGUUGAACAUUUCGCUUUGUUUUUGUUUCAUAUUAGCAAAGACACCUGUUUGUAAGCAAGACAAUCAUCCGAAGUUGUUUUGCUCAAUAAUGAUGAGAAUGUAGGUACCACAGAUGGUGUAUAAUCAAAUCUUGUUGUUGUGGAAAGCGCUUAACAAUGUCACACUAUCCCCAAUUGGAAAUUUAAAAAAACGAAUCGCAACAUGCCUCGACCCCAAAUUAAUGGAAAAGAUGGUCAGUGAAUAAAAGUCGACAUGUAGAUGGAGCAACACAACAGAUGGCUUUAUCUUAGGGAUGUUCACACAUCACGUUAGUUUGUCAUGUUUUCAAGUGAUUGGUGUCUAACACUUCGUUUUAGGCAUAAUUUAUGCCUACAAUUCUACAACACACCAUUGUAUGGUUAAAAGUAGACCUUUAAUAAUCUGGGCAUAUCAUGUGUAUUUUUUAAAAGUGGUCUGUGGUAGUUGAAGAAUAACCCAUUAAUUUCUUGUAAUGGUAUUAAUUUAGCAGUGGAGGGUGCCACUGCUAAAUCGUUGCUGCCAUGCCAACAAAUAUGAUGAAAUCACAAAAAUUAAAACUAGACAGGGAGAAUCUAAAAUAACAAAUGUCAUGGCAUGGGGCCCCCAUUGAUUUUGUUAUGUUUGAGUCACUCAUAUGGCAUAAGAACACUACAUAAGCCCUGGCAAAAUGUGUUGAAUUGCAGGAAAUUCGCUUCAAAACAGCAAAAUUGUCUCUGUGGCCAUUUAAAAAUGAUGGCUGGAGAAUGCUGCUGAAAUAAAUCCUAGGGGAAACACUGAUUGUAGCUAACCACACUUUCUCCCUUUCAGGAGGUACAUGAGCUGCUGAGCAACUAUGACUUGAAGUACUGCUUUGUGGACAAAUACAAGGGAACAGGUAGGUUAAAAAACAGACUAAAAUGUAAAUCACAGUAAGACUAAUUGGUGUCAGCACUGCAGCAGGCUCUCUCACAGACCUAGGCAAACAGAUUCCUCUACUGUCUUCCUACUUUGAGCUUGUCUCGCUCUCCCUCUGUGUGAAUGUAACCUUCCACAUAGUCCAUUACAAGGUCUUAGCUCAUGUUCUCUCCCUCUCCCCUUCUCCCCCCAGCCUUCGUCACACUGCUGAACGGGGAGCAGGCACAAUGUGCCAUCAAAGAGUUCCACCAGCACGUUCUGCGGGAGCGGGAGAUCUCUGUGCAGCUGCAGCCCACCGACGCUCUGCUGUGCAUCGCCAACCUGCCCCACGCCUUCACCCAGCAGCAGUUUGAGGAGCUGGUGAGACCCUUUGGCAACCUGGAGCGCUGCUUCCUGGUCCACAGCGCCUCCACUGGCCACUCAAAGGGCUAUGGCUUCGUCGAGUACAUGAAGAAGGACUCUGCAGCCAGGGCCAAGUCUGAGCUGCUGGGGAAGCAGCUGGGCUCCAGGAUGCUGUACGUCCACUGGACUGAGGUGGGCUCCCUCACCUACCCCCUGCUGCACUCCAGGUGUCUCUGUGUAGACCGUCUGCCCCCCAGCCUGCUGACCGCCCAGGACCUCCGCAAUGCCCUGGCCGACACGCACACACCCAUCUUCUGCCAGGUUGGUCACAUGCGGGCAAACAGGAACUCCAAUGCCCUCUCUCACAAAAACACAAUUUUGCUGUUUUAAAGCUAAUUUCCUGCAAUUCUACACAUUUCGCCAUUGGGCAGAGAGAACAUUGGCAGUUUCAGAGCUAAAUUCUUGCAAUUAUACACUUUGCUAUUGCUAAUGCCUUGUUCUUAUGCUAUCUGGGUGACUCAAACAUUAUAACAAAAUCAAUGGGGGGCCAAUGCCAUGACAUUUUUGGAAUUUUAGAUUGUCCCUGACUGUCAUUUUUUACUUAGGUGAUUUGUUAGUUCUCAAAUAACUUAUUUUAAAAUAUAUUGCGCCAUUAUCUUGUCUACGUACUUUAUCUGGUUUUAGUCAUUUUUAAGUUUACACUGAAAAUGUUUUACCAUCCUGAAUUAUUGUUAUUAUUCUUAUAGAAAAACGUUUUUUAAUGAAUUUAAUUUUUUGCAGUGGCGGGCCAAGGUUUAAUGGCAGUGCACCACUGCUAUGUGCAUGUAGUAGAAACACUGCUUUUGGUUUACACUGAGCAAGUGUGUUUGACACAUCUGUUGAAUGUAGUGUUUGAGGUAGCUGUGCUACAAGGUUCAGUUGGUUGUGUUAUCAUGAAACAUGGGGCAUCUGUAGUGAUGAAAGGGUCUUGGGCAGUUCACAUAAAGGAGGUGGAUAUAGAUUGAGUAUUUUUCUAUGAAGCUGGCUUUCAGCCCUCACCUUUGACCUGCUUUUCCUGUGGCCACUCUGUUUCUAUAGCAAUGAGCAUUGCUGGUUUCUAUGGUGACGACCACCUGACCUACAGGCCUUUCUGGAAUGAGACAGAGCAGUGUCCUUUUGGCACCACACAUACACACAAGCACACAGUCAUUCAUAUACCUAUAGGGCACAGUAGUUCGCGGUCUGGCAAAAAGCUGUUGCGUAAUAGUGUGAGUGAGGCAAUUUUUAACUAUUGGCCAGGUUGGAGAUCUGGAAUAUGAAGCUCAUUAUUUUUUCAUAGCUCACUUGGUCUUGAUAAACAAGGGAUACAUUGUUCAUUGCCUUCUUGUAGUUAGACAAACUGGAGAGAAUUGAUUGGUCAUUGCUUUUAAACAUUGAGACUCCGGAAGUAGUUGUUCCAAACUGGAGAGAGAAUAUUCCAGAAUGCCUCUGGGCAUGAUUCAGUUUAAUCCCACCUACUAUCUCUACCAUCUUUUCAAAUACUCCUUUCUACUAAUUGCUGUAAGAAAUGUUUUGUAUCAUAGUGUGUGUGGAUGGUGUUUUUAACACUGUCAAAAUGUUUAUUACAGCAUUCUUCUAUAUGUGUAAACAUAUUUAAAUGUAUAAUUAAGUGAAUGUAGUUGAUUUGGCAGAACCAAGGCUUAUAGUCAUUAGUUUUGUUUUUGACUGAGUGCAAAAGAAAGCAUAUUUAACUUCAUUUUCCUUUAUUCAGUUGGCUCAGGGCCAGGAUGGUAGUUUCCGGCGGUUUGCGAUGUUGGAGUUCUCCUCGGCAGAGAUGGCUGAGCAGGUGCAGAGAGAGGCUGACGGCAGGGCGCUAGGUGGGACCCACAUCCGGGUCUCCUUCUGUGCCCCUGGACCCCCGGGAAGGAGCAUGCUGGCUGCCCUCAUCGCUGCCCAGACCAUGGUAAAGACUUCUUGGUUACCUUACCAGACCAUAUGUUAGAACUAUUACUCCCUUAUGUUACUUUAGCAAAACAUCUGUCCCUGAUUGGCUCUCCUCCCCUUCCCCCUCCACAGGCCCUGAACCGAGGGAAAGGUCUCCUCCCUGAGCCCACAGCCAUGCAGAUCCUCACAGGCCUCAGUAACCCUGCCACCCUCAAGAUGCUGCUCAACCCCCUCACCCAGGGCAGGAAACAAGGUGAGUAAGAUCACGGCAUUUCCUAAAGGAAGAAAAUGUAUGGUACGAGUCUCUUACCCUGGUUUUAAUGCUUUAAAGCAGGGGUGUCACUCAUUCAUGGCGGGCCUAGUGUCUGCUGGUUUUUGGUUUUUCCUUUCAAUUAAGACUUAGGCAACCAGGUGAGGGGAGUUCCUUACUAAUUAGUGACUUUAAUUCAUCAAUCAAGUACAAAGGAGGAGUGAAAACAUGCAGACACUCUGUGGAAUGAGUUUGACACAUGCUUUAAAGCUACUAUAUUUAACUUUUUUGGAGACCUGACCAAAUUCACAUAGAAAUGUGAGUUAUACAAUUGUCAUUCUCAUUAAAAGCAAGUUUUAAGAAGUGGGAUAUAUUUUCUAUGUGUACCAUUUCUAUGCUUCCCAUUAUUUUUUUGUCUUUUACUUUCGGUUUUGUACACUAGCUUCAAAUAGCUGAAAAUACAAUAUUUUUUGUUAUUGAAAAUAUAUUUCACAGUGGUUUAGAUGCCACAAUAAUUCUCUACACUGCUUGUUUUGUCACAAACUGAAGUUAGGCGAACUAUUUGAAUUUUAGCAACAAGGUUGCAUAUUGCACCUUAAAUGCAUGGUCCUAAGGUCAAAUGGUCUCUCUUCAGGUCUCCUUGGUGCUGCUCCCACCAUGCCGCUGCUGGCUAACCCUGCCCUCUCCGCUGCUCUGCUCCAGCUCCUCCUCCAGAACCAGGCCCAAGUCCAACAGGUACAGUAGUAACCACAGCUCUCUCUCCUCCAGCUUCCCUCCCCUCUUAUGUUGGUUCAUUAGUCUCUCCCAUCCACACUUCUGCUACUUUAUUCUCUCUCCUCCUCUACUAUCAGCAAGCCUUUUUGGGGAAUCAUCUUCUCUGGGCUCAGGUUCUGCACAAUAAAGAGAAUGGACUACUUCCCUGUGUGAGUGAUCACUGCGUGUGUGUGUGGUAGAUAUAGGUUUGUUGUGAAGUGACUGCUCCCUAAACCAGAGCUGGUAUGUGCUCUCCUUUGGGGAAGUGUUUUUCUUUCUGUUGCCUUCUUUUUGAGUGGUGCUUUUCUAGUAAUAGUGAUGUGCUGCUGGUUUGGUUUUGAAAUGUCUUAGUGUGAAUUCUGGUGACUGACAUAAUUUGGGAAUGUGACUUGGGUACAUAUUAGGUUCAGUAAAUAUCUUGUAUGUAGAAUGUCUAUUUUUGUGUUUUGUGGGUCGCUGAGGCAUUGUGUGUAACCCACCCAGCUGUGUCUAACCUCAUGUCCUCUCCUCCAACAGGCAGGACUGAUGGGGGACAACCUUCUGGCUGCUCUGCCUCUCCAGCAGGGUGUCCAUCUGCUGGGAGACCUGCCUCAAGGUUUGGCCUUCCAUUCAUCUCAAUUCAGAAUGCUGUAUUGGCAUGACUAAAGUCUAUUUGUAUUACCAAUACAACUCACUAGUAGCCAUUUCUCUAGUUUGGCUUAUUUAUCAGAUACAGUUGAAGUCGGAAGUUUACAUAUACCUUAGCCAAAUACAUUUAAACUCAGUUUUUCACAAUUCCUGACAUUUAAUCCUAGUCAAAAUUCCCUGUCUUAGGUCAGUUACGAUCACCACUUUAUUUUAAGAAUGUGAAAUGUCAGAAUAAUAGUAGAGAAUUAUUUAUUUCAGCUUUUUAUUUCUUUCAUCACAUUCCCAGUGGGUCAGAAGUUUGCAUACACUCAUUAGUAUUUGGUAGCAUUGCCUUUAAAUUGUUUAGCUUGGGUCAAAUGUUUCGGGUAGCCUUCCACAAGCUUCCCACAAUAAGAUGGGUAAAUUUUGGCCCAUUCCUCCUGACAGAGCUGGUGUAACUGAGUCAGGUUUGUAGGCCUCCUUGCUCGCUCACGCUUUUUCAGAUCUGCCCACAAAUGUUCUAUAGGAUUGAGGUCAGGGCUUUGUGAUGGCCACUCCAAUACCUUGACUUUGUUGUCCUUAAGCCAUUUUGCCACAACUUUGGAAGUAUGCUUGGGGUCAUUGUCCAUUUGGAAGACCCAUUUGCGACCAAGCUUUAACUUCCUGAAUGAUGUCUUGAGAUGUUGCUUCAAUAUAUCCACAUAAUUUUCCUUCCUCAUGAUGCCAUCUAUUUUGUGAAGUGCACCAGUCCCUCAUGCAGCAAAGCACCCCCAUAGCAUGAUGCUACCACCCCUGUGCUUCACGGUUGGGAUGGUGUUCUUCGGCUUGCAAGUGACACCCUUUUUCCUCCAAACAUAAUGAUGGUAAUUAUGGCAAAACAGUUCUAUUUUUGUUUCAUCAGACCAGAUUACAUUUUUCCAAAAAGUACGAUCUUUGUCCCCAUGUGCAGUUGCAAACCGUAGUCUGGCUUUUUUAUGGCUGUUUUGGAGCAGUGGCUUCUUCUUUGCUGAGCGGCCUUUCAGGUUAUGUCGAUAUUGGACUCAUUUUACUGUGGAUAUAGAUACUUUUGUACCUGUUUCCUCCAGCAUCUUCACAAGGUCCUUUGCUGUUGUUCUGGGAUUGAUUUGCACUUUUUGCACCAAAGUACGUUAAUCUCUAGGAGACAGAACGCGUCUCCUUCCUGAGCGGUAUGACGGCUGCGUGGUCCCAUGGUGUUUAUACUUGCGUACUAUUGUUUGUACUGUUGGAGGUCUACAAAAUUUUUUCUGAUGUCUUGGCUGAUUUUCUUUUGAUUUUUCCCAUGAUGUCAAGCAAAGAGACACUGAGUUUGAAGGUAGGCCUUUAAAUACAUGCACAGGUACACCUCCAAUUGACUCGAAUGAUGUCAAUUAGCCUAUCAGAAGCUUCUAAAGCCAUGACAUCUUUUUCUGGAAUUUUCCAAGCUGUUUAAAGGCACAGUCAACUUAGUGUAUGUAAACUUCUGACCCACUGGAAUUGUGAUACAUUGAAUUAUAUGUGAAAUAAUCUGUCUGUAAACAAUAGUUGGAAAAAUUACUUGUGUCAUGCACAAAGACUUGCCAAAACAAUAGUUUGUGAACAAGAAAUGUGUGUAGUUUUAAUUUUACAUUUACAUCAUUUAGCAGACGCUCUUAUCCAGAGCGACUUACAAAUUGGUGCAUUCAAUUUAUGAUAGCCAGUGGGACAACUACUUUUUUAUUUAUUUUUUAUUGGGUGGGGGAAGGAGGGGUAGAAGGAUUACUUUUAUACUAUUCCAGGUAUUCCUUAAAGAGGUAGGGUUUCAAGUGUCUCCGGAAGGUGGUCAGUGAUUCCGCUGUUGUGGGGGAGCUUGUUCCACCAUUGGGGUGCCAGAGCAGCGAAUAGCUUUGACUGGGCUGAGCGGGAACUGUGCUUCCGUAGAGGUAGGGGGGCUAGCUGGCCAAAGGUGGAUGAACGUAGUGCCCUCGUUUGGGUGUAGGGUCUGAUCAGAGCCUGAAGGUAAGGAGGUGCCGUUCCCCUCACAGCUCCGUAGGCAAGUACCAUGGUCUUAUAGUAGAUACAAGCCUCAACUGGAAGCCAGUGGAGUUUGCGGAGGAGCGGGGUGACAUGAGAGAACUUGGGAAGGUUGAACACCAGACGGGCUGCAGCGUUCUGGAUAUGUUGUAGGGGUUUGAUGGCACAGGCAGGGAGCCCAGCCAACAGCGAGUUGCAGUAAUCCAGACAGAUGACAAGUGCCUGGAUUAGGACCUGUGCCGCUUUCUGAGUGAGGUAGGGUCGUACACUGCGAAUGUGGUAGAGUUUGAACCUGCAGGAUCGGGUCACCGCUUUGAUGUUAGCGGAGAACGACAGGGUGUUGUCCAGGGUCACGCCAAGGUUCUUUGCACUCUGGAAGGAGGACACAAUGGAGUUGUCAACCGUGAUGGUGAGAUCAUGGAGCGGGCAGUCCUUCCCAGGGAGGAAGAGCAGCUCUGUCUUGCUGAGGUUCAGCUUGAGGUGGUGAUCCGACAUCCACACUGAUAUGUCUGCCAGACAUGCAGAGAUGCGAUUCGCCACCUGGUUAUCAGAAGGGGGAAAGGAGAAAAUUAAUUGUGUGUCUGCGUAGCAAUGAUAGGAGAGACCAUGUGAGGAUAUGACAGAGCCAAGUGACUUGGUGUAUAGAGAGAAUAGGAGAGGGCCUAGGACUGAGCCCUGGGGGACACUAGUGGUGAGAGCACGUGGUGCGGAGACAGGGAGGAGGAGGAGGAUUCAGCAGGGAGGUGGCGGCAAAGAGCUUCCUAGGGUUAGAGGCAGAGGCUUGGAAUUUAGAGUGGUAGAAAGUGGCUUUAGCAGCGGAAACAGAGGAAAAUAAUGUAGAGAGGAGGGAGUGAGAAGAUGACAGGUCCGCAGGGAGUCUAGUUUUCCUCCAUUUCCGCUCGGCUGCCCGGAGCCCUCUUCUGUGAGCUCGCAAUGAGUCGUCAAGCCACGGAGCAGGAGGGGAGGACCGAGCCAGCCGGGAGGAUAGGGGACAUGGAGAAAAAAGAUGCAGAAAGGGAGGAGAGGAGGGAUAAUGAUUUAGCAGAGGGAAGAGAUGAUAGGAUGGAAGAGGAGAGAGUAGCGGGAGAGAGAGCGAAGGUUGCGACGGCACAUUACCAUCGGCGUAGGGGCAGAGUGAGUAGUGUUGGAGGAGAGCGAGAGAGAAAAGGAUACAAAGUAGUGGUCGGAGACUUGGAGGGGAGUUGCAGUGAGAUUAGUAGAAGAACAGCAUCUAGUAAAUAUGAGGUCAACCGUAUUGCCUGCCUUGUGAGUAGGGGGGGAGGGUGAGGUCAAAAGAGGAAAGGAGGCAGAGAAAUGAGUCAGAACUGUGAGGGGUGAGCCAUCCUCAGGAAAGGAACUUAUCAAGGCGUCAAGCUCAUUGAUGAACUCUCCAAGGGAACCUGGAGGGCGAUUUUAAAUGACAAGGAUGUUAAGCUUGAAUGGGCUAGUGACUGUGACAGCAUGGAAUUCAAAUGAGGAGAUAGACAGAUGGGUCAGGGGAAAAAGAGAGAAUGUCCACUUGGGAAAGAUGAGGAUUCCUGCGCCACCACUGCGCUGACCAGAUGCUCUCGGGGUAUACGAGAACACAUGAUCAGACGAGGAAAGAGCAGUAGGAGUAGCAGUGUUUUCUGUGGUAAUCCAUGUUUCCGUCAGCGCCAAGAAGUCGAGGGACUGGAGGGUAGCAUAGGCUGAGAUGAACUCUGCCUUGUUGGCCGCAGAACGGCAGUUCCAGAGGCUGCCGGAGACCUGGAACUCCAUGUGGGUCAUGCGCGCAGGGACCACCAGAUUUGUGGCAGCAGCCACGCGGUGUGAAGCGUUUGUAUGGCCUGUGCAGAGAGGAGAGAACAGGGAUAGACAGACACAUAGUUGACCGGCUACAGAGAAGGCUACAAUAAUGCAAAGGAGAUAGGAAUGAAAUGAACUAAACAUCUGGGAAAGCGAGAGAGCGGGGCCUCCCUCACUUACGUUUCACUGAAACACUCAAAUAUAACUCUCCCAACUUCCACUUUAGAAAUUAUAAUUGUUGUGAACUACAGCGGUUCAAUGUUUUCUAGGAAUAGACUCUAACUUAGUUUAUUCAGCUAACUAACUUGGUACAGUAUUCUUCCGUGAAAACCGCCCAGGGCACCGUAUCCUAUGACGCAAUAGCUAACUAGCGUGCUAGCUUCCAAUAACACGGUUUAGCACCAAUACUCGGUUACAACAAACUACCAAUAGUGUGUUAACAUGCUAAACAGAUAAUUUGUGUCCGUGUCUAACGUUGUGCAAAGUUUUGACAGUUUGAGAGAGUACGUCGUCAACUUAAUCAGCCAGUUAGUUAGCUAGCUAGAAUAGUUAGCAUAUUAGCUAGCCAUUGCUCUCUGUCAACAAACCAACCCCUCCUCCCACGGUAUGAAACACACAGAGCCAAGCUAACGUUAACUAGUCACCCAUGUCUUGAAUUCCUUUUGAACGACUCUGGUUACCAGUAUGUAAAAAUAAAUGUAGGUUAUAACUUACCCUUAGUAGCUACUGUUAGGUAGUUGCGUGUAAAGCUAGCCACUGAAUCGAUUUAGCCAGUUCGCGUCUGUCCCAACGGAGAGAAAGCGUCUCCAAACAUUACAGCUAGGUCGUUCCAGCUAUUGUUUAGUUAGCUAUCCAGGUAGCAACAAGCUAGCUACAUUUCGAGUACAGUAGCUACUAACUACCUAACAUUAACGCUUCAGAUAAUGAGGUUAGAAAAACAGCUGAAUGGUAGGUAGCUAGCUGGCAUAAUUACAGGUACUCUUAAGCGUGAAAGUGACAUUGGAAACCACUAUCCACAGUUGCUAAUAUUUACCAGUAGCUACCCGCUAGCUAGCUAGCUUUAUUGGUCCAGGUAGUGGGUUAGCUAGCCUCGUGCUUCACCGAAUACAAUAACUACCUACAAUACCUACCUACAAUCUAAAUACAUGGUUUAAGCUUUACUCGACACCAUAUAAAGAAGCUAAGCUUAAAUUUACAUUUACAUCAUUUAGCAGACGCUCUUAUCCAGAGCGACUUAGAAAUUGGUGCAUUCAAACCUCCCGCUUAGAGAAACACAACCUCACCCCAUCGUGUCCAUCAAUGACUCCAACCUAAGUGUGUGUAAACUUCCGACUUCAACUGUACAUACAGCAAUGCUCUAUUUUGAUGCUGAGCAUGUGAAUGCUAUUCUAGUCCUGCUGGUCUGUUAGUGAUGUUUACAUUACAGCUUCUUUACACAUGUGAAUUUGGGCAGUACGUAUUACAUUUAGGUUAUUUACUGUGUUUGUCACUAGUGUUGUAUUGAUAUUGCCUUGAUUGAUUUUCAGUGAAAUCUCAGGGCCCUCUACAGUGUCUUGAUGAGGUGUUUCUUAUAUUAAUAAGGUGUUUGUUUCCUGUCCCCAGGCGGUGUGGUUCCAUCCCUGGGCCUCCAGUCAGACACUAUGGGCCCCAUUAACCCCCACUCUAUGGGUCGCCCCCUGGGCAGAGAGUCUCCCACCAGCUUCUCCCAGAACCCCUCCCCCACCCUCCAGGGCAUGUCCAUGUCCCACCUGGGUGGAGUGAUGGGGGCAGAGGGGCUUACAGCACCUGGGGUAUGACGAUGCUUUAAAAUGCUUCGUAUACUUUUCUAAUGUUGUCCCUAACAGCAGGGAUGCUCAAGUCAUCGACUAGCGCCUCUUUACAUGACAUUUAAUCAGGGUACUUGAUGUUAUCUCCCAUAGGUGUCCAUACUAGGACACCCUCCCAAAGAUGUGAAUCUUCCCCAGAACCCUUUCUUCAAUGUCCACAGCCUGUUCCCAUCCUCAGGUGAGCCGCCCCUCCUACUGUCUGCAGCCUGUGGAGUCUGGCUCUGCUUUCUGAUUCCUUCCCAGUACUGACCCAUAGGGUUUGUUUGACCUUUUCAAUUCCUGCCGUCCUUCACUCAGGCGCCAACUGCAGACCCCACCCUUACAGGAAGAGGCCAGCGCUAGGCAACUCAUCCAACCAGCGCACACAGAGCAUCCACUCUAACUACAGCCUGCGCUACCAGGAGUCCUACACCCCAGACUACCCCCCAAUACACCAGGUAGGUCCCCCUUAUCCUCUAACCUUUACUGUCCAGCCCUACUGCUUGGCCAGGUUAAUCUGGAUGGUGUUGUGAUAGAAUGCCUGGUCAUUGAUGUUUCAUUGAUAUCAGAGGACACUGCUGCCUUGGUUAAGGUCAUUGUGGCCACAGGUGGGUUUUCUAACUCCGUGGUUGCCCAGUGGUCAGUACAUGGACUUUUCUAGUGUGUCAUGCAGGUGUGAUGGAACACAGUGGGCCUGCUUAUCACACCACUUCCUCCCUGUCUGGCUACACGGUCCUCACAAUGGCUUGAACCUAGGGUCCUCUGCCUCUCAAACACGUGACUGCCCGCUUAACAACGUACUAGCCAGAUGCGGCACCAAAAAGCUUGAAUUUGUGCAGACUUUUUGAAGCUGUGGAGUAAACGUAUGGUACGAUCUUAACUUAGUUACAUGAGCAGCAGGUUUAAUGGCGUUUGGCUCCUCUCUCCCCAGGAUCCUCUGGCCCAUCUAUAUGAACAGCAGGAGGCUCUGGACACUGGAUCUCUGGCAGGGUUCGGACAGCAGGUAAGAGACACUAUACCAUCUCCUCUUCACAUCCAGCCUUCAAACUGUGGCAUCUCUUGCCUUUUCAAUCUCCACUCCCCUUUUGUAGUCUUUUUUUUAUAUACAUACAGUUGAUGUCGGAAGUUUACGUACACCUUUGCCAAAUACAUUUAAACUCAGUUUUUCACAAUUCCUGACAUUUAAUCCUAGUACAAAUUCCCUGUCUUAAGUCAGUUAGGAUCACCACUUUAUUUUAAGAAUGUGAAAUGUCAGAAUAAUAGUAGAGAAUGAUUUAUUUCAGCUUUUAUUUCUUUCAUCACAUUCCCAGUGGGUUAGAAGUUUGCAUACACUCCAUUAGUAUUUGGUAGCAUUGCCUUUAAAUUGUUUCACUUGGGUCAAAUGUUUCGGGUAGCCUUCCACAAGCUUCCCACAAUAAGAUGGGUGAAUUUUGACCCAUUCCUCCUGACAGAGCUGGUGUAACUGAGUCAGGUUUGUAGGCCUCCUUGCUCGCACAUGCUUUUUCAGAUCUGCCCACAAAUGUUCUAUAGGAUUGAGGUCAGGGCUUUGUGAUGGCCACUCCAAUACCUUGACUUAGUUGUCCUUAAGCCAUUUUGCCACAACUUUGGAAGUUUGCUUGGGGUCAUUGUCCAUUUGGAAGACCCAUUUACGACCAAGCUUUAACUUCCUGACUGAUGUCUUGAUGUUGCUUCAAUAUAUCCACAUAAUUUUCCUUCCUCAUGAUGCCAUCUAUUUUGUGAAGUGCACCAGUCCCUCCUGCAGCAAAGCACCCCCACAGCAUGAUGCUGCCACCUCCGUGCUUCACGGUUGGGAUGGUGUUCUUCGGCUUGCAAGCUCCCCCCCCCCCCCUCUUUCCUCCAAACAUAACGAUGGUCAUUAUGGCCAAAGAGUUCUAUUUUUGUUUCAUCAGACCAGAGGAUAUUUCUCCAAAAAGUACGAUAUUUGUCCCCAUUUGCAGUUGCAAACCGUAGUCUGGCUUUUUUAUGGCUGUUUUGGAGCAGUGGCUUCUUCCUUGCUGAGUGGCCUUUCAGGUUAUGUCGAUAAAGGACUUGUUUUACUGUGGAUAUAGAUACUUUUCCUCCAGCAUCUUCACAAGGUCCUUUGCUGUUCUGGGAUUGAUUUGCACUUUCCGCACCAAAGUACAUUCAUCUCCAGGAGACAGAACGUGUCUCCUUCCUGAGCGGUAUGACGGCUACGUGGUCCCAUGGUGUUUAUACUUGUGUACUAUUGUUUGUACAGAUGAAUGUGGUUCCUUCAGGCAUUUGCAAAUUGCUCCAAAGGAUGAACCAGACUUGUGGAGGUCUACCAUUUUUUUUUCUGAGGUCUUGGCUGAUUUCUUUUGAUUUUCCCAUGAUGUCAAGCAAAGAGGCACUGCGUUUGAAGGUAGGCCUUGAAAUACAUCCACAGGUACACCUCCAAUUGACUCAAAUGAUGUCAAUUAGCCUAUCAGAAGCUUCUAAAGCCAUGACAUCAUUUUCUGGAAUUUUCCAAGCUGUUUAAAGGCACAGUCAACUUAGUGUAUGUAAACUUCUGACCCACUGGAAUUGUGAUACAUUGAAUUAUAAGUGAAAUAAUCUGUCUGUAAACAAUAGUUGGAAAAAUUACUUGUCAUGCACAAAGUAGAUGUCCUAACCGACUUGCCAAAACUAUAGUUUGUUAACAAGACAUUUGUGGAGUGUUUGAAAAAUGAGUUUUACUAACGCCAACCUAAGUGUAUGUAAACUUCCAACUUUAACUGUACAUGCAGCAUAGAAUAACAUAAUGAACGUCUCUGUAGCUGUUUGGCCACCCCGGCUAUAGUGAGCAGGCCUCCUCCCACUACAGUUACCCCCCCCAGCCCGCCCUCGUCUUCCUACUACAGCUUGGUGGCACCUGGCCCCGGCAGCCUCCCCGGCAGCUUCCCCUCCAGCCAUCUCAACAAGGUAGGCCCACACUGACUCCCGCCCCCACUGCUGCUAAGACAUGCACUCUCUGCUUCUUCCCAAUGUAAUAAACAUAUUGAAUUGCCUGUGUGCUGAAGCUGCCAGCAGAAAGUACCGCCGCAGUUCUGCAUUAGCCGACGCUACAGUACAUUGUCACCUUGGGUGUUUAUUUCUGAUGUAUUGAUUGGCAGAGCUGAGCAGGAAGGAUAUGAGUGUUGCUUAAUGUGUCUGAUCAAAGAAGAAAGGCUGACCUCUGUUAUUUAUACUUAGUGGAGAUGACUUCUCAGCAUGUAGAAGAUGGAUGUAUUGACAUCUGUUGGCUAGCCUAGCACCCAUCAUGUUGGGGACAAUGUAUUAUGAAACACAGUUGGGCUGAAACUGAAAAUGUUAAGCGAAAUUAUUGGCUUCUAAAUCUGCGUGUCCUUGGUCCACUCGAACGGAAGCGGACAACACAUUUUCCGAUAUGCUUAUAGCUGCGCAUUUUAGCAUAACCACAGUAGCCAUGCUGGCAGAACAAUGACAAAUAAAAUGGUGGCGAUGUGUCCUGCAGAGAUUUCAUAGUUGAACCCUGUGAAGGCAUAUGCGUAUGGGAGCGAAUGUUCGAUAUUGCAUCAUUUUGUUUGAGCGGCCUGCACUAAAGUUUAAGGUAUAAAUCAGGCUUUACUAUGCCUGUUUGUUCUUCUUUAGUUUUGCACUCCCAAAGACCCAAGCCUCCUGUCUUUACUGGAAAUAAAAUGUACAUAUUGUGCCUUUUUAGAUGAGACUAAUGCUUUGUGGUUCUGUUUUGGGUUGAUCACUGUUCAGGCUGUGGGCAUGCCUCCUGUGAGCCACUCUAACACAUACCCAUCUGGUCUGGGGAUGAAGGUUAGUGCAUCUCUUAGUCAUUGUCUGUUUGUCUGCCAUUUCCUGUUCUGUCCCCAUUUUUGACAAUGGCAUUGCAUUGACAGUGAUUGUAUGAUGUUUCUGCCCCCUCCAGUCUCCCAUUGGUGGUCACAAGCGUCUGUUCAACCGUCUGAUCCCGUCGCCAGAGCCCAGCCCAGAAGGGGGCUACGUGGGACAACACUCCCAGGGCCUGGGGGGCCACUAUGCUGACUCCUACCUGAAACGCAAGCGUAUCUUCUAAUGUAAACCAAUCAAAGCGUCCUGUAUGAGUUGCCAAUUAACAGCCAGGAUGUGGCUCAGGGCUCCAUUUUCCCCCGGAACUCCUCCAAUCAGCAUUUAGGUUUGGGCUUGGCGGUCCUGUGGUCUCUCACUUGUGUUCCUGCCAGCGACCCCAAGAGAGCGCUGGGGGGGCAGCCUGUCGCUAAUCAGGACAUAACAAUGCGUGCCAGUGUAUGGGAGUUUUGAUGUGUUUUUUUGGUAAAUAUAUGAUUUCAGUGUGUUUGUAAAUUAAGUUUUAACCUUUUUUGAUUUUUAUUGUCUUCUUUUUCCCCCCAUCAGGAAAUCCUUUUGUUUAAAAACUGGGAGUUAUCUUGUACUAUAAGAAAAUUGUAAAAUCUAAUUACAGGUCUUCUUUUUUUCGCUGCGUAUUCCCUUCAUUGGUUGAACACUUUCAUUUUUUAAAAAUAAUAAUAUAUAUUAUUUUUUUGCAUUUAGGUUUUUUUCUUCCUGUUGUGAUUGUGUCAACUGGUUUCUAUUUUUAAAAGUUUUUCCUCCCGAUAUUUUCGUAUAUAGUUCAUUAGUUUGUUUGACAGGAUGGUGUUUUUCCCACUCCUUCCUCCCACAGGGGUUAUGUACUGGUGUAAUACUGACUGUCUGGACAGGAUUCAGGCAUUCUUUACUUGGAUUCAUGUAGUACUCUGUGUAGUAGUACUCUGUGUAGCAGUACUGU